GGCAUUUGGACCCAACGGCCAAAUAAGUGUAGAACGGUACUGUUUCCGUCUGUUCUGUAGUGGGCUGUUUUGGAUUCAUCCUGGUUUGGCUAUCUAGACGAAGUUCCUACAAAUUGUCUUGACUCAUAAACCUCCAUGUCGGGAAACCCAGCUGUAGUGAUGCGUCUCAUGGCCUCAGCAUACGCUGUAGCCGAGAAGGCAGGGGCCAUCACAAGGAGGGUCCUUCAAAGUGGAGACCUUGGCAUUGUGGAAAAGACAGGAGCCAAUGACUUGCAGACACUGGCAGACAGGCUGGUCCAGCAGAGCAUCUGUGCUUCUCUGUCUAAACACUUUCCCCAAAUCACCAUCAUUGGAGAGGAGGAUCUGCCAGAAGAGGAAGUGAAGGAAGAUUUGAUUGAGAGCGGGCAGUUUGAAGAGAUCCUGCAGAAGGCCUGUCCAGUUGAAUACAACACCUUGAAAGAGGAGGAGUUGGUGGUCUGGGUUGACCCCCUCGAUGGGACUAAAGAAUAUACUGAAGCGGCGCGGUGUCUCUACCUCCCAGACCAGGCCGAGGUGUCACACACCAGGCUGGAUGCUUCUGAGCGUCGACGCACGGCGCUCCGGCUUUUGGAUCAUGUGACUGUGCUCAUUGGAAUCGCACAUGGAGGAAAGGCUAUUGCUGGGGUCAUAAACCAGCCAUUUUACAAUUAUGAGCUUGGGGCAGGUGCAGAGCUGGGCAGGACCCUGUGGGGAGUGCUCGGACUGGGAGCCUUUGGGUUCCAACUACAGGAAGUCCCAGACGGGAAGCGCAUCGUCACUACUACCCGUUCCCAUAGCAACAAGCUAGUCACGGACUGUGUCCAGGCCAUGGAGCCUGACGAGGUGAUCAAAGUGGGCGGAGCCGGAAAUAAGAUUAUCCAGCUGGUGGAAGGGAAGGCCUCUGCAUAUGUGUUUGCCAGUCUGGGGUGCAAGAAGUGGGACACAUGCGCCCCUGAAGCCAUCCUGCAUGCAGUGGGAGGCAAACUGACAGACAUGCAUGGCAAUGCCUAUCGUUAUGACGCCAAUGUGAAGCAUAUGAACUCAACAGGAGUGCUGGCCACUCUACGCAACCACCAGUACUAUGCCAGUAGGGUGCCACAGUCUGUUCUCCAGGCCCUGAAGACCGACUGAGACCAUUCUUGUCAUCAGGUUGACAAGAAUGGUCCUGUACUAUAAGUGGCAGGGAUAAAGUAGGAUAUAGAUAUUAUUGUUAGAAGAUACAGUUAUCUGCUUAAUCACAAUCAUGUACCUUAUGUUCUUGUAAGUGAAUCAGAAUGCAUGUUGUUUUUGAUAUCUGUUGUGUAAUAAAAACACUUGUGACUGAACAGUAAUAUUUACAUGACAAGCGUGGCCGAACAUCAACAUCACUCUUCUGUUUAUUUCAUUCAAAGGAUCUGAAACACUUGUACAAAUCUUUAGACACUUACAGUUUCCAACUUGAAUAGACCAACAGAUUAACAAAGAAAAAGGCAAGAUUUUAAUCAAAAUCUACAGUUUUUAAAUCAUUAGAAUAUUCCUGUAAAUGUUAAUUAGUUGGAUGAAAAUGACACUGAUGCGCAGUGUCAUCUUAUAUGAGUGUACAGCUAGCAUGAACACCCAUGUUUACAUUUGAUAUUUGGAUCAGUCACUUGUCCAUUCUUCCUCAACCUCUUGGUCGUUCUUACAAACAUGUACCAGUAGGUGGCGCACUGUUAAACGCCAGUGCCAUCUCUGCCUUCCACUGCGCUUGGUGAGCGUGUGCACAACCUCGCUAUGAUGAUGUCAUCUGCUAUGUUUACAUCAACUGAAAGUACAAAAAAGUAGCAGGAUUUUACAACUGGUAACAACACAUUUGUGCCUUUCAUCUCUGAAGUGUGCUACUGCACUUCAAUGCAUCAAUGCAUUCCUACAGGCAGGCACAGCGGAACAUCUAUUUCCAUAACAAACAGUCCUUAGUAAUGGAAGCAGGAUCAGAGAAGUUGCUGGUAUGCUUGAUUUAAACAAACAGGCAUGAUGUCACACACCUGAUGUGCAGGGCCAGGGUUAGGACCCAGACACUAAGGUUGCUUAUCUGCCAACAGAAUUUCAUACACAGAUAUGUAGUAGAAUGUUAACUUGCAAUGUGUCCGCUUUUAUACCAUGGACCAUUUGUUUAAUAUACAUUUUAAUCGCGUCCUGUUAAAACAUUUUCAUCUCCAUGAGGAGAAAACAUUCUGGAGUCCAACGGGUUGGUAUGACACCAUACUAUUCAUUACCAUACCGAAUCAGUGUUAGUAGAAGGCCGAGAUGUCUAGUACCAUGAGUACGUCAACAAGGUGUUAGUGCCUGUGAGGGGAGGGUCUGACUGGUGUGUACUGGUGGGGGCGCUCCACAAACCAUGCUUCUUAAAUCAGCCAACCAGGUUUGAACGUUACAGCUCUUGAAAUUAGCAAAAAAAUAUACUGUAAUGAGUUACCAAGAGCGUCAAUUAUUUAGACAAUUCAAAA